AUGGAGUACCAAAAAUUGCUAAUAGCUUUCUGCUUCUAUUCACAUUUUAUACUUUUUGUCCAUCAAUCUCAGCUUACAUAUGCUGGGCAACAUCUCUGUGCCCGCGAUGAAGCUUUUUAUUUGCUUCAAUUUCAGCAAGGCCUCACAGUUGAUCUUAGUGGUUAUGACUGUGACUAUGAGGCCCGAGCUAAGACUUUGUCUUGGAAUGUUACAGGAGAUUGUUGUCAAUGGGAUGGUGUUACUUGUCAUGGAUUUACUGGUCAUGUUAUAGGACUUGAUCUUUCUUGCAGCUUUCUUAACGGAACCAUUAAUGCUAACAGCAGCCUCACAAAACUUAGUCAUCUGCAAAGACUCAACCUUGCUUUCAACAAGUUGAGUAACUUUCCACUUGGGGAUAGCAUUAGUGAACUCGAAAGUUUGACAUAUCUCAAUCUUUCGAAUUCAGUACAUAUGAUAGGGGAGAAGCAGAUACCACAAGUAUUAUCCAACUUGUCUAAAUUGGUUUCACUUGACCUCUCCUCGUAUUACACUGAACUCAAAGUUGAUCGAAAAACCUUCAGAAGUUUACUUCAAGACUUGACCAAUUUGGAGGUACUGUUGCUUGACAACGCGGAUGCACCAUUUGAGUUACCUAAGAAUCUUUCUUCUUCCCUUAGGUACUUAAGUCUUGAAAGAACCGGCAUGUUUGGGAACAUAAGUGAGUUUCAGAUAUUUCAUUUACCAAACUUGCAAGUGCUGAGAUUGGGACAGAAUCCUUUACUAACAGGCACUUUGCCAAUUUUUAAUCGGAGUUCCAAUGGAAGAAGUGUCUUAGAGUUGGACUUUUUUUACACUGGUAUUUCUGGGAAGGUACCCGAUUCAAUUGGUAAUCUCCAUUCUCUUUGGUAUUUGAACCUCCAGAAUUGUCAUUUAUCCGGCUCGAUUCCAGAAUCCAUUGGCAAUCUCACUGCAAUCAGAGAGUUGAUACUUUCAGAAAACGACUUCACUGGUAAUGUUCCCUCAACUGUCUCAAAGUUAAACAAACUCGUUCGUUUAGAUCUCUCUUCAAACUCUUUUCGAGGCUCAAUUCUAGAAUACAUUGACAAUCUCACUGCAAUCACACAGUUGACAAUUCCAGAUAACAGCUUCACUGGAAAUGUUCCCUCAACUAUCGGAAAGUUGAACAAACUUAACUACCUUAAUUUGGAGAACAAUUUUCUUCAAGGGCCUUUGCAUCUAUCCUUUUGUGACAUGUAUAGUCUUGUAUUCCUCAUUUUAGCUCGGAACAAUUUCAGUGGUUCAAUCCCGGGAUGUUUGGGUAACUCCAGUAUCUCCAUUUCUGCUUUAGACUUGCGAAUGAACAAUUUGCAUGGAGAGAUACCAAGAUUCUUAUCGACAGGGUUACAAUAUCUUGGUUUAUAUGGCAAUCAAUUGGGGGGACAAGUCCCGCGAUCCUUGGUUAACUGUACAAGCUUGGAAGCUCUUGAUUUGGGGAACAACAAGAUAAAUGACACGUUUCCGAUAUGGCUGCAGAAACUACCAAACCUACAAGUUCUGAUUCUGAAAUCGAAUCUCUUUCACGGUCCAAUUGGUGAUUUGGAGUCCGAGUUUCCAUUUCCUGAGUUACGAAUCUUUGAUCUUUCCUUCAAUGGGUUCACUGGAACUUUGCCAUCUAAUUUUUUCAAAAAUUUUAGAGGUAUGAUCUCCUACAAAGAGUCGACCAGGUCUUGUAGAAGCGAAAAUCGAUGUCGAAGAGAUACAAGCAAUGACAUAGAUUACCUUUACCACGUUAGUUUGGUGAUAAAAGGUAAUGAGUUUGAUAUGAGAAUCACGCCAAUUAUGACAAGUGUUGAUAUAUCAAGCAACAGGUUUGAAGGAUAUAUUCCAAAUUCCAUUGGAAAUCUGAGCUCACUUGUGUUACUCAACCUGUCUCACAACAGCUUCCGUGGUCAUAUUCCUGCAGAAUUUGCAAAGUUGCAACAGCUCGAAGCAUUAGAUCUCUCAUGGAACAAACUCAUUGGAGAUAUUCCAGAUCCAUUGUCAAGUUUGACAUUUCUUGAGGUCUUAAACCUUUCCUACAAUCAUCUGGCUGGACGCAUUCCUCUUGGGAAACAGUUCAAUACAUUUCCAAAUGAUUCGUAUUGUGGAAAUCCUGAUUUAUGUGGAUUUCCACUAUCAAAGGAAUGUGGAAACAGUAAUGACUCACCACUUAAACACGAUGAUGAUGAUUCAUUUUUUGCGAGUGGGUUCACAUGGCAAGCUGUGGUAAUAGGUUAUGGUUGUGGUAUGAUAUUUGGAUUGUUGAUGGGAGGUCUCAUGUUCCUACUGGAAAAACCAAAAUGGUUUGUGAACUUUGCUGAAGAUAUUGCUCAACAAAUUGCUGCUAAGAAGCGAACAAGGCAAAAGAAGAGACGCCAAAGACAUGAGGUUGCUGGAGAGUUGGACAAGUUUAUUAGCAAGUUAGUGCUGAUGUUCUGGCAAAUAGCAAUGGAUGCAUCUGUUUGUUCACUUAAUGUGCCAAAUACGUAUGUAAAUGUUACAGUUUAUUUCUAUGAGUCAGACCCAUGCUUAGCACGAGCUCAACAUUCAGGUGAUUGA